UCAUUCGCAGAUAAGCGUCCGUGUCCUUAAAGACGCAGACCAGUGUAAUAUCUCCAUAAGAGAGUUGAAAGAAAAGAGGAAAAAGCCAAUUUGACCGAAUCGAGCGGAACAGCCCCAGUGUGCGCAGAGAGUGUUGUCUGCGUAAAGAGCCCCAGACUCCAGACAUAGGCUGAAAUUUACUUUGGGAAGUGAAGUUUAUAAGACAUUCAGGCUUUGGACCUGUUUGAUCGCCCAUACGUGCAACUUUAAGAGUUUAAUUGAGGGAUAGCUCGUCCCUUCGCGCACAGUCAGGGACAACAGCGUUUGUGCGUCCCAGAGAUUUUACAUUUGCAGCCCGUGUUUGAGGAAGACAUGGCCAAGCUGUUCCGAGCAGCGAUCUUGGGUCCACCAGGAUCAGGGAAAGGAACGAUAUCCAAGAGGAUUGCACAACGCUUUGGCCUGCAGUAUCUGUCCAGUGGCCACUUUCUGCGAGAGAGCAUAGCGGCAAAUACAGAAUCAGGUGUGCUGGUGAAGAGCUACGUAGAAAGAAGCAUGCUGGUUCCUGACCAUGUGAUGACCAGGCUGAUGCUGCUCAAACUGGAACAGCUGAGUGGGCACAGCUGGCUACUGGACGGUUUUCCCCGGACUCUGGCCCAGGCUCAAGCCCUGAACAACUUGUAUCAGCUCGACCUGGUCAUCAGCCUCAACAUCCCUUACGAGACUCUGAGGGAAAGACUGAGCGACCGCUGGAUCCAUCCCACCAGUGGCAGAGUCUACAACAUGGGCUUCAACCCACCACGAGUGCAGGGUAAGGAUGACAUCACUGGGGAGCCAUUGAUCCAACAUGAUGAUGACAAACCUGAAGCCCUGAUGGCCAGACUGAGACACUACAAAGAUGUGGCCAAGCCUAUGAUAGACUUAUACAAGUCACAGGGAAUCCUGCAUUCAUUUUCUGGCACAGAGACGGACCGCAUUUGGCCUUACAUCAACUCUCUCCUCAGCACUAAGAUGCACUCACAGUCGUCAGAUUCCUUCCAAACCCAGACACCCUGACACGUCUCUGGAUGAAAAGACUGCAGGGAAACGUCAACAUGGUGCCAGAGGAGGUGGGCUGAUGCUUCUUCCUGCUGGCCUCAGCUUUCAUUUUCCUCAUCAUUAAGGUGAAGCUCAGAGUGAUGGACAAAGACAGUACAGGUCAAAUCUGCAGUCAUCCAACAUGUGUGUUCAGUCACUUAUUGUUGAAUUUUAGAUAAAUUCACUGUCAAACAAUUCAUAACAAAUUAUUUUUUUUUAUUUACAGUUGUUCCAUUUUUUACACAUUGGAAUUUAAAUCAUACAUCAUUCAAGGAAGCUGUGGUAAAACCAGAGUUAAAAACAAAAGAAAAAGUAAAUAAUGUGUUCACUGUAACUCCAAGAAUAUCCAUCCAUCCAUCCAUUUUCUAUACCGCUUAUCUGUCGGGGUCGCGGGACUCCAAGAACAGUAAACCAAAAAACCAAAAUAUUGUUUCUCACUACAUCAUUAAAUAUGUGAUACCGAUUAAAAUUACUGUUGUUAGAAAAAUAGAACUUUAAUGGCAGCGGACUUUGGAAAUGUUAUUCAAAUAGUCUGUAAUCUUCAUUUGAUUAAGUAUAUUUUAAAUUGGAUUUUUAAAAUCAAGCAAACAAGACACUAAUUUUGGAGUGAAACCCUUAAAUGUGCGUGUAACUGAGGAGUUUUUCACUGAGCAGAACACAUAACAAAAUCAGUUUCGCCACAGCCUGACAGAUUCGCUGAGGGCAAUACUGACAUGUUAAAACCAAAAUCAAUCUUAGACAGACAUUUCCUUUUUUUUUUUCUUUUUUUUUUUUCUAAAAUGUUGAAACCUGUGCAUGUCGGAGUGCUGUGUAGUAUGCUGUAUAAUCUGCCUGCAAGUCAGCUGAUAGCCCUCAUAAGGUGCCCGUUCUGCACAAUCAAUUUUUAAUCAGAAUAUAUCAAUCAGUUAUAGCAGCACUGUGCGCUGUGUGACCUGCUAUUCUUUACUUUUGUGCUGAAACUGUUAACAUGUAAGAGACUCUACUGAGCUGCUGCCUUACUGGUGCAAGAAGCCCUCACGAUCACGUGGCUGACCAAGAACGCAGCAUACAGUGGAGCUGCCAUGAUUAGUCAUGGAUUAGUUUGUUGAAAAAAUUAAUUGCUAUUACUAUUUUAUUAAUCAUUUCACUCAUUUUUCAAGCAAAUGUGUCAAACUUUCGCUGGUUCCUGUUUCUGUAAAAAAUCAUGAGGAUUUGUUGCAUUUCUGAUAAUAGAUGAAGAGUCUUUGGGUUUUGGACUGUUGGUUGGACAAAAAAAGAGCAAUUUGAAGGCAUCGCUUUGAGACUCAGGGAAAUUGUGUUUUCACAGUUUCAUAGACUAAUCGAUUGAUAGUGAAAAUUAUCAGCAGAUUAAUUUAAAAUGAAAAUAAUUGCAAUAAUAGUCACAGUGCCUUAAAUUCUGUUACAGUCCUUUAAAAAUAUAAGGGUGCCUUGAUAUUUCAAUCAACAAAAUAUUGCAGAUUAGUGUUCAUGAAAAUGUAAUAUUUUGCAGUGUUUGCUUAUAACAGGACAUUUGAUAUGAGUCUGUCAUAUGUGAAGAUCUUAUGUUUCAGAUUAUUUGAAUGUAUAAAUGUCUUUUACAAACAUACAAAACUUUUUCAGUUUGUAAGUGAUAGGUAAAGAUUUUUAAGAUUUUUUUUGCCAUACAAGAUAUGUUCUUUACAAUAGUUAAAAAUAUAAGUUCUGUUUUAACCCAGGGGCACAACUUAUGAGUUUCCUUUUUCCAAUAGACACACAUGUGAUUGACCUGUGCAAUAAAGACCAGGAAUGGCCAUAGGUGACCAAUCACCUGCUACCUUUUUUUUUUUAAAUUCCUCAUUUCUUUUAUGAGGUCAAAACUGCGUUGUAAUGCUUUUUUGGUGGAGUUUUCGUAUCACUUAUUGAAGGAUAGUGGGUAUUUGUAUAUGUUGUACAGACCAAAGUUACAAAGAAGAACUUGCUUGGGUGACAAUAGGAUGUUGUGGUUUGUGAAAUGUCAGCAGCUUGUCCAUGUCUUCGUGUCCUCAGCUGAAGUGUGGAAUCUACAGAUGCUGAUGUGCACAAUAUGCCUGUGUGUUGUUGAGUGAAUGGGCGUGGCGUCUUGCUGUUGCGUAACACCACAGUGCAGUUUUUCUUCCCUAUUCUUAAGUCGUGCUGUCCAAACAUGCUACGUGCAACAAUAAAACUAUUUUCUCAGA